GACAUUGGAGACUCUGACAUGGAACGGACCAUUCUUCAGCUGCUUCUCAUCGGGAUUCUCCUGGCAAAUCUAAGCCUGGCGGCCACAGUGAGACGACCACGCCUGGAUGGACGCAUUGUGGGUGGUCAGGAGACGAAUAUACAGGACAUUCCCUAUCAGGUCUCCCUGCAGCGGGGCUAUCACUUCUGCGGCGGUUCCCUGAUCGCCCAGGGUUGGGUCCUGACUGCCGCCCACUGCACAGAAGGCUCUGCCAUUCUGCUCUCCAAGGUCCGGAUAGGCUCCUCGCGGACUGCUGACGGUGGAUUGGUGGUGGGAAUCAAGCGAGUCCAUCGACACCCUAAAUACGAUGCGUACACCAUCGAUUUUGAUUUCUCGCUUCUCGAGUUGGAGGAUUAUAGCGCACAGAAUGUGACCCAGGCCUUUGUGGGACUUCCGGAACAGGAUGCGGACAUUGCAGAUGGCACUCCUGUCCUGGUUUCCGGUUGGGGCAACACUCAAAGUGCCCAGGAAUCCACGGCCGUGCUGAGAGCUGUAACAGUGCCGAAAGUAAGCCAGAGGCAGUGCACAGAGGCCUAUGGAAGCUUUGGAAGUAUCACGGAUCGCAUGAUCUGCGCCGGAUUGCCCGAAGGCGGCAAGGACGCCUGCCAGGGCGAUUCUGGUGGCCCCCUGGCCGCUGACGGUAUCCUUUGGGGCGUCGUCUCCUGGGGCUACGGAUGCGCCAGACCCAGCUAUCCGGGUGUUUACUCGAGAGUUGCAUCGGUUCGCAAUUGGAUAAGCUCAACAAGUGGUAUUUGAGAUGUUAGAGGAGUAAAGUGUAUUGUUUGCUUCCAAAUAUAGAUUUAAUUAAAUAACAAAAUUCGUAUUUUUGAAACUAAA